GUUUAGAUUGACUGGGCGGCGUUCUCUAUUCACGUUUUUUUUCUGUUUGCGAGCAAAAGCGUCGGUGAGAGCUUUUCAUUUGGUGUCGGGUCGCGCGAGCGGGCGCACGCAUUGCUCACUGGAGUGCAAUGACCGAGUGACGUCCAUCGGACUUGUGUGUAUAUUGUAUAUGCAGUGAACUGUACCGAGAUGUCGGAGUUGCGUGGCUCGCCGCCCCUGUCCCGUGGGCUCGAGAACGGUUUCGGGGCUCCGCUGGCGGCGCUGAGCUCUCUGGCGGAGGCGCCUCCUCCGGCGCCGAACCCUCACGGCAUCGACCACAUCCUGUCCCGGCCGACGGUGGGCAGCAACGUGGGCGCGGGGCUGCUGGCGCCGCGGCUGUCGCUGGCGGCGGCGGCGGCCGGCAUGGCGCACUACCUGCAGCACAAGCCGCUGUACUGGCCCGGCUUCCAGGGCCUCGUCUCCAACCCCAUGGCGUGGCGGGAGCGCCUGCAGUCCAAUUUUGUUGCAGUGAGCAACGGCGCGCUGAGCGCGUGUUCCCAGGGCGGCAUGGACAAGGACGGCAAGAAGAAGCACACGAGGCCCACCUUCAGCGGCCAGCAGAUCUUCGCGCUGGAGAAGACCUUCGAGCAGACCAAGUACCUGGCCGGGCCGGAGCGGGCCAAGCUCGCGUACGCGCUCGGCAUGACCGAGUCACAAGUCAAGGUCUGGUUCCAAAACAGAAGAACGAAAUGGCGGAAAAAGCACGCGGCCGAGAUGGCGACCGCGAAGCGCAAGCAGGAGGAGCUGGGCGAGGAGUGCGACGAGCAGGAGCCGCACGACAACGAGUGCAGCGACGAGGAGGAGGCCAAGAGGCCGCGCCUCGACCUCCACCACAUGCACCACCAGCUGCCGCACCGGCAGUGAUCCCGCACCCCGGGCGACCCCGCCCGACCCGGCCUGCACGCCAGCGCCGCCUUCAGCCCCGCCGACUCCUACUACCAGGAGUUCGCCGGCUACAAGGAGGAGGAGGCGCCCUGCGACCUGUCCAACUGGCAGGUGCGCAGGCUCGAGGACGUGCCGCGCUCCGGUGACAGUGACAAUGUGAACAGUGACAGCCUCAGUGUGGACGACGACCAGCCCAUCAACUUCGCCUACUACCACUUCUGACUGUACCCCAGCUAGCGAAGUAGUGAAGCGGGCAGCACCCAGUGUAGCACCUAAGGACUUCCAACUACUAAUUAUUAAUUCAAUCGAUAUCUUUUUACAGUCACAUUGUUUGUUAAGACUUUAACAGUGUCAGUGGACGCUGUACGCUAAGUGCUAUGUAAAAACGAUUAUAUUAAAGUAAUUACGUUUAUAUGAGUGUAAAUAUUCCUAGCGUAAGUAGUCAUGUGAUAAAUUAUAAGUAAUUUAUUGAUAAUUUUAGAUUUUACAUGUAUUAUGUGAGCGUCAACUUGUAAAUUGUAUGAAUCUUGACACCGGUGCCAAUUUCCUAUCUGUAGUUGUAUUUGGAUAUAAAGAGUAGAGUUUGUUUGGAAGCUGUUCAUAUUUAUUGUCAUUUAAAGUGCCAGAUUAUUGUUACAAAAGUAAUGUGUACAUUAAGUCAAAUACCCUCAUUCUCCUCUCACGAAAGUAAAUAUACUUUUCGCUGAGACAAUUACUUGUAUACGUUGCAAUUUUCUGUGUGAAGUACAUAAUAUAGUUGGUACAAAAUGAAGUAGACGCGAGUACAUCGACCUCACUCAGGCUGUAUGUAUAAGUAGGCACAUUAGCCCGGCCACAUAGAGACGCCCACUUAGUGCUAAUGGUGUGAACAAGCCAUUAUUUGUCACUAUUUUUCAAACAUUAUAACUGUUACAACUUGCUGAAAUAACUCAUGGGAAGACAGUAUAUAUUGUUAAAAUGGAGUUAGGUAUAAUACUACGCAAAUAUUUCCUUGCUGAAAUUAGAAAGAAGUAAAUUCUUGAGACCCAAACAAUGUUUUAAAAUAAAGUGAGGAACUAAAGUAAUUAAAAAUGCUUUAAACGUGUCUGCUUUAAAUCGAAACCAUCGAAACCUAUCUUUGUCUCUCUCAGUUUUGGAUAGACUAAACUGAAAAAUCUUUAUAAUUGUUUCACAAAAUAUUUAAUUGGUUAGUUUCCUAAGUCAAAAAUAAAUUAUUUAGACAUUUCAAUACAAAUAAAAUGUCCCAAAAUAAUCGUACUUUCAUUCGAUUAUACUUUAUGCUUAUUUUUAAUUUAAAAAUAAUGACGCCAGAAGUAACGAUCUCAACAAAAUUAAUGGAAAUGUAUCGUUUUUGACAUUUCGUUAAAAGAAAUGAAUUUGAUUAAUUGAAACUAUCGUAUUGUUUUGAGUGAGGUUGUGUACUACUAAUUUAGUUUCCAUCUCGAUAUACCUAUAUAUCAGGAUUUACUUAUAAAUUAAAUCAGUAUUUUAAUAGAUUUUGAAAAAGCCUAACUUAUUAUAUUUCCAGCCUUUAUGCAAAUUAUGUACCUAUUCAUAUAAAAAUUGUUACUUUCCAUCGUAGCGAGUUCUUUUAAUUGUUUUUAAUUAUAAUAUUGUUAAGGUAAUGUACAGUAUGUUUCCUUAAUACUUGUAAAUACUAUUUAAUAAUUACUUAUAUGUCGCUAGAGGCAUCGCAAUAUGUAUAUUGUACAUUUUAACUAUAAAGACGUGUAAAUAGAUAUUUAAACGAAUUUAACUAUUGUAACUAAUUACGAGUAGUGAUGACCACGCCAGUACUAUAAUAAUAUUUGAGUAAAUGUGCAUUAUUUAAUACUUCUUGCUGAUUCACUUAUACACAAUUUUUUAUAUUUUUUUUCUUCUGAAAUUUAAUAUGUGCUCAGCACGAAAUAAUUUACCAACAAAUUUAGAUUUUGGAAUUAAUUUAAUAUUGUUAACGCUCUUGUUGUAUGCUAUGUGAAUACUGCAUUGAAGUUCGCAUUUCUUAAUCAGUUUUCUUAUAAAUAUAUUAUACUCACAAUUCACAAAACAACCACAGAUAAACUGUAGUUUUUAAGCGUAAAAUCAACAAAAUAGUGGAAAUAUUUUACAUUGAAAGACUGAACAAUUUUCGUUUCUAUAUGUUAUCAAGGCAUAAUAAUGCACAUUUACACACAGACAUACAUACAUACAUCUGUUACAUACACCAGUAAGAUUACAUAGAGAACGAGCUUCAACCGUUACGAGAAUAAUUCGCUUAUAAAUGCACACAAAUAUUCAUUAUUACAUUAAGUGUCUGUAACAGCUUGUCAUAGUAAAAGAAACCGCAUAUCAAGCUACCCUAUUCUAUAAUUCCAUAAUACAUUUUCAACUCUAUAUCUUAGGAAUAAAGUUCGAAAUGUAUUGGCAGUGUGGGGUAGUUUGAUGUGCGAUCUGUACUGUACUACAGCAUUCUAAGGUAACAUGUUUAGAUGAUAAAUAAAAAGCGUGGAAACUCUGCGUAAUGUGGUUCAAAUAAACAGUUAGUAAAAUAUU